AUGUAUUUCACCAAGUCUUUUGCUGUCGCUGCAGCUUGCGGCCUGUCCACUGUUGUGGAGGCCCACAUCCUGAUGGCCACCCCCGUUCGCGCCACCACGCCUGCAGUGACGAACGGUCCCUUGUUGGCUGAUGGCAGCAACUAUCCCUGCCAAUUGACUUCUGGGCAAACUCUUGCGGGUGAAUCAACAAGCAUGGCGCUGGGAUCAGACCAGCCCCUGAACUUCAUCGGGCAGUCUGUUCAUGGAGGCGGUUCCUGCCAAGUGUCCAUCACGUACGACGAGAACCCGACUGCCAGCAGCACCUGGAAAACAAUCACUUCGAUCGAGGGUGGAUGUCCUGCUCAGAACGCCGCGGGCAAUCUGGGUGAUGACACAUCGGCUACUGAGCCCGUUCCUUACGACUACAACUUCACCCUACCUGACAACAUCCCUUCAGGCAAGGCAGUGCUUGCGUGGACAUGGUUCAACAAGGUCGGAAACAGGGAAAUGUACAUGAACUGCGCAUUGGUCGAUUUGACUGGCGGUUCGGGUACCCAGAGCAACUAUGAGGCCCUGCCGGACAUGUUCAAGGCCAACAUUGACAACGGCUGCGCAACUGUCAGCGACACGGACGUUACGUUCCCGGACCCAGGAGAGAAUGUUCAAAAGCUGAACGGCGCAACUGAUGCGUUUGCCGCGCCUACCGGCUCUUGCAAUGCGGGCAGUUCGAGUGGAGGCUCCGGCUCCGGUGCCAGUGCUACUGGUGGCGCCGGAAGCUCUCCUACCACCUCGGCUGCCAGUUCCGCGGCCACUGCUCCUGCUGGCGGCGUUUUUGCCACAGUUGGAAGCGGCGCAGCCACCACCAGCGCCUCAGCCGCCCCGGCUCCCACCGGAUCUAGCUCGAGCGGCUCAAGCUCUGGAUCUUCCAGCUCCGGAUCAUCCAGCUCUGGAUCCUCCAGUAGCAGCGGUUCACAGACUGCCGGUUCUGCCUGCACGACUGAGGGAGACUAUUCAUGUGUGAGCUCGUCCUCUUAUCAGGUCUGUGCUUCAGGCACAUGGUCAGCUGUUAUGUCGGUCGCAGCUGGUACAUCUUGCAGUGGCACUGGGGCCAACUUUGAGAUUGUUGCCGCUACCGGCAAGUUCAAGAUGACCCGGGCUCUCCGUCGUGCCAAGCGUAGUCUUCCAUUCCUUGGUUAG